CACAUGACGGUGACAUCAUCGCAGGUCCUGUAAGCACACGGCUCCUCUACAGAUACAGGUUUCUCCAAUCCAGGAUCCUCUGCUGAUAUCUUCUAUAUAAGAGAAUUCUCCUGGAUGACCCAUCAACCAUGGAGAGAGACAGGAACAAGAUGGCCGACAGGAUCAUAAACCUCACCCUACAGAUACUCUUCCUGCUUACUGGAGAGGAUUACACAGUAGUGAAGAAGUCCUCUAGUGGGCGCUGUCGGGCCCCUGUGUGUGAAGGAUGGGGAAGAACCCUGAGCCCAAUCCCGGGGCCCCCACCUCACUCCCUGAUACAUGAGGAAAUGGAUGAACAGAAGAUCCUAGAACUCAUCAACAAGAUGAUGGAGCUGCUGACUGGAGAGGUUCCUAUAAGGUGUCAGGACGUGGCGGUCUAUUUCUCCAUGGAGGAGUGGGAGUAUGUAGAAGGACACAAGGAUCAGUACAAGGAUCAGGUCAUGAUGGAGGAUCAGCAGCCCCUCACAUCACCAGUCAGAUCCAGUAAGAGAACAGCACCAGAGAGGUGUCCCCGUCCUCUUCUUCCACAGGAUGAUCAGGGAGAAGAUCUGAACAAUAUUAAUGCUACAGACAUAAAGGAAGAAGAGACAGAUGCAAGCAGUGAUGAGCAGUAUAAGGAGAACAUUUCUACAGGGAAAGAUGUGAUCUAUAUUAAUGCUACAGACAUAAAGGAAGAAGAGACAGAUUUGAGCCGUGAUGAGCAGAAUGAGAAGGAAAUUCCUACAGGGAACUGCCCAGAGGGAGUUGUCUAGUUUUUUCCAGUCUGACCACACUGCUCUCUGCUGACACUCUUUUUUUAUUAUAAAAGUACAAAACUUAUACAAAAACACAAAACAAGCUUAACCAGCUAUAACAUAAAUAAGAAAUACACUGGUACCAAAGAACAAAAACAAAACCCUGCCUAACCGGCCAGCCCAGCUUUACAAAAACCUAAAAUAUGCCAACCCACCUAACCGAACCACACUCACACACAUAACAAAAAUGAACAAAAAAAAUAGCGCUUGGCUUAUCAAAAUAUGAAAAUAAAAUUUAGCACUACCUGGCUACAACUCAAAAUCAU